UUUUCACAAGUGCCAUUUAUUACACAUGCGACUGUUUUUGUUUUCCACACCUUUUCUUCCCCUCAAUUGAACACACACACUACAUUAUUAUGAUCAUGAAUUAUGAUGGAAAGUGUUUAUGUACCUUGUGCAUUAAAGGGUCUUUAAUGGGUUUGAAUGUAUGAUUGUGUGCAUUUUGGAUGUUCUUUGGUGGGUAUGAUUGUGUUUGUUGACUAACGUACCAAUCAGUUUUAAGUUUGAUGUUGUUGGUGGUGGGUUUGGAGAGAAAAUGAUCUGAAUUCUGAGUCUGACUAGGGAUUUUUUUUUGUUUUUGUAAGAAUCUUGGUUUUUGAUUUUCUAUGAAAUUUUUGGUUUUUUUAAUUGACAUGGGCGUGUGUGUGUUGUUGAAAUGGGUUUAAGACCUCAAAGAUUGUAAUUUUGUGAGGGUUUUCUGAAAUUUUGGUGAAUUACUUAGGUUUUUGCUGAAAUUUUGGGGAUUUUGUGAAGUGGGCUGGUGAAAUUCUGGGUUGUUUUGCAGUGGGAGGUGGAGUUUGGAGGGAAUUCAAGUUUAUUAGGAGGUGCUUCAGUGUAUAUUGGUAAAAUUUCAUUGUAAAAUAAUGGCUUGUAUGAAGUUGGGGUCGAAAACAGAUGCAUUUCAGAGGAAAGGGCAGGCUUGAACACAUUCUCCAUAGCACAUACUUUUUGCCAUUGUGCAGCAUCUGACGUCUAUCAAGUCAUGUGAUCAUGUAUAUCUCAUGUUCUACACAACUGGCCUUCCAAGUGAUAUAAUCGUUGAAGUUGGCGAUAUGUCCUUUCAUCUCCACAGGUUUCCCUUGCUUUCCAGAAGUGGGGUUAUGGAAAGAUUGAUUGCUGAAGCUAACGAAGAAGGAGAAGGUGGCUGUGUUAUUAACCUCCCCGACGUCCCUGGUGGAGCAAAAACUUUUGAACUUGUUGCCAAGUUCUGUUAUGGAGUAAAAAUUGAACUUACUGCAGCAAAUGUUGUGCACCUCCGAUGUGCAGCGGAGCAUCUUAAAAUGAACGAAGAGUACGGGGAGGGCAAUCUAGUUUCACAAACUGAGUUAUUCUUGAAUCAAGUAGUCUUGGAAAGUUGGAAAGACUCUUUAAGAGCGCUCCAGGGGUGUGACAGUGUUCUCUCCCAUGCAGAAGAACUUUCUAUUACUGCACGUUUAAUCAAGUCAUUGGCUGCAAAAGCCAGUACUGAUCCAAAUCUAAUUGGUUGGCCUGUUGUUGAAUAUGGUAGACCCUUGCAGAGUCCCGGUGGAAGUGUCUUGUGGAAUGGGAUUAGCACAGGGGCCAAGUUAAACACAGUAAGUUCAGAUUGGUGGUAUGAAGAUGUAUCAAAUUUAAGUUUACCUCUCUACAAGAGGUUGAUUUCUGCAAUGGAGUCUCAUGGCAUUAAGGAGGAGAUAAUAGUGGGAUCCCUUACUGCCUAUGCUAAGAAGUAUCUGCCAGGGCUUAAUCGGCGUCAGAGUACCGGUGAUUCUAGCAGUCGUUUGGGAUCAGUGAGUUCAGGAGCUAUACUAUCUGAAGAAGAUCAGAAGCUUUUGCUUGAGGAGCUUGAUCAUUUACUUCCGAUGCAGAAGGGAUUGGUCCCAACUAACAUUCUUUUUGGCUUACUUCGAACAGCCAUGAUUCUUCGGGCGAGUCCUACUUGCAUAUCUAACUUGGAACAAAGAAUAGGAAUGCAGCUUCAUCAGGCAACAUUGGAAGAUCUUUUGAUGCCCAACUUCUCUUAUACCAUGGAGACACUGUAUAAUGUUGAGUGUGUGCAGAGAAUUCUUCUGCACUUUUUGGCCAUGGAUCAGGUUACAGGUGGAGGCUCCCCUGGUUCAGGCGACGAUGGUCAGUUGCUUGGUUCUCCAUCACUUACACCAAUGACAAUGGUAGCCAAGCUCAUUGAUGGGUAUCUGGCAGAGGUUGCACCAGAUAUUAAUUUGAAGCUACCCAAGUUUAAGUCUCUUGCUGCGGCAGUUCCUGAUUAUGCUAGGCUCUUAGAUGAUGGUCUUUACCGUGCAAUUGACAUUUAUCUAAAGUCGCACCCAUGGUUGGCAGACCCAGACAAAGAAGAUAUAUGCAGGCUGAUUGAUUGCCAGAAACUCUCCCUGGAAGCUUGCACUCACGCCGCUCAAAACGAGAGGCUCCCACUGAGAAUCAUAGUCCAAGUCCUCUUCUUUGAGCAACUCCAACUUAGGACUUCCAUUGCCAGUAGCUUUCUCGUCUCAGACAAUUUCGAUGGGUCACGACAAUUAACGAGUGGUUUGCUCACUUCCAACGAAGGAGGUUGGAACACAGCUGUGCGAGAGAAUCAAGUUCUGAAAGUAGGAAUGGACAGCAUGCGCAUGCGUGUUUCUGAGCUCGAAAAAGAAUGUUCAAAUAUGAGGCAAGAGAUUGCGAAAUUAAGCAUGGUUAAAGGAACUAGCACAUGGGAAAAUAUAUCAAAGAAACUGGGUUUCAAGGUGAAGUCUCAGAUGUGCAGUGCUCAAGAUGGAACUAUCAGUAAACAGAAACUUGAAAACGAAAAGGUCAUCUCAACGGCAAAAGACAAGCAGGGAAAGCUCAAGAAAAAAUAAUCUCUAAACCGGGAAAAAUAAUGCUUGAAUCAAUAGUUAUAGAUAAAUCUUGAUUUGAUAAACUUUUGUUCCUUAGUUCUAAUUUGUAUCUCCAUCUUGUGAACUUGAAGUUGAGCUAUUUAAUCUGUAUAUUGGUCUUAAAGUUUUGUUAGGUUUUUUCCCCUCUUGCAUUUCAUGUUAGACUUGAGUGCACUAGCCACUAAAUCAUGUGGCCUGUUUCUAAGGUGUACUUUGCGCACAAAAUUAGUUGAUGAAACUUUAAGAGUACUUAAA